CCAACGGCCACAAUCUAUCCAAUACAUCCAACGGUUGGCGUUUCAUUUUGGCGGAAAGGGAAGAUCCGAAUUCCGAUUCCGAGCUCCAUAGUCUGAGUCCUCUUCCCGGCGGAACAAGCAGAGGAAGCCAACCUGCGAUCUAGUCCUGGCGGCGAGGUAUGACUCAAAUAUUUCACUAAAGCUUUCUCUUUCCUUCUUUUUCGUCUCGUCUGGUUAUUGAUCUUAUCUAGAACUCUGCAUAUGUGGGAUUUUCUAGGGGCGGGGAAGGGAAUUUUGAUUUGGGUUCUUUAAAAACCGAAGCUUUACUUCUAAUGGAGUAUAGGGUUCUUAUAGGAAAGUCAAGAAAUCCUGGUUUGACAUAUGAGGUUUAAAGAUGAGGUAGAUAAAGCAAUGAACGGCGGACCUAAGUGAAUCCAAAGUGUUCCUAAAAAAGACAAAGUGAAUCCAAAGUCUAUUGUGACGAAGUUUAAGUUUGAGAGGCUAGGCUGUUAAGAUGAUAAUCCUGGACUGUAGAGCAUAUAGCUUCAGCUUUCAAGUCUGUUGCUUAUUAGCAGGCUGAUCAAGCUGAUCUGUUUGUUCUAGUAGAACUUAGAAGUUAGAACUAGGGACGUCGCUUUUCCCAUGGUUCUAUGGACUAUGGUGUUGGCACUUCUGUAUCUAUUGGAAUUUACUAUAUAUAUUUUGGAGUACUGUUGGUCUUUUGGUCUGCAACUCCAUGUUGGCGCUACACCUUCAUGGCAGACGAUAUGAGUCAUUUUGCUAGAUUUGUACGGCAUUAGGAUAUUUCUGAACCGCUAAAGCUCAAGUAGUCUGUUCUCUUCUUCUCUCAUUGUUUUGAACUUCUUCCCGAGUUACCAACUGAAUCUACCUCUAGUUUUUGAAAUCCUGUAUUUGUAUUCUUUGAACCAAUCAUGUUUGGUCCCGUCUGCUGAACUCAUUAAGCAUUACCACUUCAGUUGUUUACAUAGUUUAGUAACUGGUUUGUUAUCAACCAUAAGUUGUUUACCCAAUUCAAAUGCUGAUAAUCAUGAAAACCUCUUCUCCCUCUGGCAUGAAAUGCUGUACUGAGAUGAUGAGCUUAGCUUCAGAAUGAAAUUUAACGAACCUAGGUUGAUUUGCUUCGUUUAACCUCCCUCAAGAUUCAAAUCCUCUUUAGCCGAGCAAUUUUUACACUCGUCUCUUACCAUAACUUAUCUGCUUAACAAGCUGUGAGCUUUUGAGCCAUAGACACUGCCCUUGAGCUGUUCAAGAUAUCCAGGGACAAAGAAUUGAUUGUACAGAGUUAGGACUCCAGUAGAAUAAUUUGCCUGCUUGCAUAGAUUCUUGAGUUCCUCAUAUAUUGUUUGACUUUUUAUUAGCCGUCUUUCAUGUGUUUCCAUUCUUUGAAAGCAGAUGAAGUUCAUUUUGACUUCAUUUACCCUCUUUUCUUUGCCAGACAACUGUAGUAAGGUUAUUAGGAUGGCAACAAUCAGGAAUCUGAAGAUCAAGACAAGCACUUGCAAACGCAUAGUAAAGGAGCUGCACUCGUAUGAGAAAGAGGUGGAAAGAGAGGCUGCCAAGACAUCCGAAAUGAAAGACAAGGGAGCUGACCCUUAUGACCUGAAGCAGCAGGAGAACGUGCUAGCCGAAUCUCGCAUGAUGAUUCCAGAUUGCCAUAAGCGCCUCGAGGCUGCACUGGCUGACCUGAAGGCAACUCUUGUGGAGAUGGAGGAAUCGGGUGAGAAAGGAUCCGAAGUUGAUGAUGCUCAAACUACUCUUUCGGAAGUGGAGCAGUUGUUUGGCAAAGGAGAUGAUGAUGAUGCUUAGUAGUAGUAGUAGUAGUAGAAGAAGCUAUCUCGUGUAAAGAUUGCCUAUGAGUUGAUUCCUAUGCGGUUUGGCUCAGUCAUAGGAAUCUUCUGUUUCUCCCAGAUGGGCUGAAAAGUCUCUUAACUAUUCUACUACUAAGGUCUUCGCGUCUUGUAACGUUCAGGAGUUUCAGUGAUUUAAUAAGAAACGGUUGAUGGUAUU